UUUCGCACGUGGGUUCCUCUUCUGAGCUUUGCAAAUGCUCAAACCAAAGAAACUAACGUUCUCCAUUUCCCGCCAAUUCCCAUCACUCAAACCACCUAAACAACCUGAGGAAGCACGACGCGAUCUCGUCGGAGACUUUCUUCUCAGGCUGAAAAAAUGCGUCUCCGUGAACCAACUCCGGGAGAUCCAAGCCCAGAUGUUAUUAAACUCCGUGGACAAACCCAAUUUCCUGAUUCCCAAAGCCGUCGAGCUCGGAGACUUCACUCACGCCUCUCUCCUCUUCUCCGCGACGGAGGAACCAAACCACUACUCCUUCAAUUUCAUGAUCCGGGGGCUAACCAACACGUGGCGCGAUCACGUGGGAGCUCUGUCGCUGUAUCGCCGGAUGAAGGUUUCCGGGUUAAGGCCCGAUAAUUUCACGUACAAUUUCGUUUUCGUCGCGUGCGGGAAUCUCCCGGAGAUUAGGGUUGGUAGAUCUGUUCAUUCCUCGCUGUUCAAAGUCGGAUUGGAAAGAGACGAUCAUGUAAAUCAUUCGUUGAUCACUACGUACGCGAAAUGCGGUUUUGUGGAGUAUGCACGGAAGGUGUUCGAUGAAAUUACUGAGAAGGAUAUGGUGUCGUGGAACUCGAUGAUUGCUGGGUAUUCUCUGGCGGGCAAGGCGGAAGAUGCUGUUGGUUUGUUUAGGAGGAUGGAGGAGGAAGGAGUUGAGCCAGAUGAGAGGACGUUGGUGAGUGUGUUGGGUGCUUGUGCACAUUUGGGUGAUUUGAAAACUGGUAGAUUGCUGGAGGAUAUAGCUAUCAGGAAGAAGAUUGGGUUAAGCGAGUUUCUUGGGCCUAAGUUGAUCAGUAUGUAUGGCAAAUGCGGGGAAUUGGACUCGGCGAGAAGGGUUUUCAAUCAAAUGGUUAGCAAGGACCGUGUUGCUUGGAAUGCUAUGAUUACUGUGUACUCGCAAAACGGGAGGUCAAUGGAAGCUAUUAAGCUGUUCCGUGAGAUGGAAGAUUCAAGAGUUUCCCCUGGCGCUGUCACAUUGUCUACUGUACUGUCUGCUUGUGGUUCUGUUGGAGCUUUUGAGUUAGGCAAACGGAUUGAGUCAUACGCUUCGGAGACAGGCUUGCAACAUAACAUCUAUGUGGCCACAGGACUAGUUGAUAUGUAUGGAAAAUGCGGAAGCAUAGAGGACGCUCUUAGAGUAUUUGAAUCCAUGCCGGUGAAAACCGAAGCCACUUGGAACGCUAUGAUAUCUACAUACGCGCAUCAUGGACACGCUCAAGAAGCUCUUUUACUGUUUAGUCAAAUGUCAGCUCCUCCAAGUGAUGUUACAUUCGUGGGAGUGCUCUCUGCUUGUGUUCACGCGGGUUUGGUCGAUCAGGGCCGUAGGUAUUUCCAUGAGAUGAGUUCUUCGUUCGGGUUGGUCCCGAAGAUCGAGCACUACACAAACGUUAUCGAUCUUUUGGCUCGUGCGGGGAUGUUAAACGAGGCGUGGGAGUUCAUGGAGAAGUUUCCUGGGAAGCCAGACGAGAUCAUGUUGGGAGCGGUUCUUGGAGCGUGUCAGAAGAGAAAAGAUGUGGUGGUUGGAGGGAAAGUUAUGAAGAUGUUGAUAGAGAUGGAGGAGGCUAAAAACGCAGGGAAUUAUGUUAUAUCUUCGAAGGUGUAUGCUGAUAUGAAGAUGUGGGAUGAAUCUGCGAAGGUGAGGGCGUUGAUGAGAGACAGAGGCGUUGUUAAGACACCGGGAUGUAGCUGGAUUGAGAUGGAUGGUGAGAUGAUGGAGUUUAAUGCCGGAAGCGAUUGUUUACAGUGUGGCAGGGAGGAUGCUGGGUCGUUGUUGGGUUUGUUGGUAGAGGAGAUGAAGAAGGGAAGGUGUGAUUUUUCCAGUGGGAGUUUGAGUUUUGUGUUGUAGGUCGCUCAAGACUCAAGAGAGCAUGAAUCAAUAUGCUUCAUUUGCAUUUGAUACUUAUAACGUGGGGACGAAGAGGUGGUUGCAGAUGUCAUAACUCAUAAGUACUAACUUAUGACUCUGUAAGUGGUUGGCAAUCAUACAACUGUGAUGAUUGGUAUAUCAACUUUUUACUGUUUUUUUUUAAUGUGAUUCAGCUAAUUUCUACUCAUAAUAUCUUUUUCAUGUUUUUUACAUUUUUUUUUUAAAAGUAGUUUCUUAUAUAAUGUGUACUUGUUGAAAAAUAAGUGAAAAAUAAUUUUAUUAGUCUACAAACUAGCCGGUUAGUAGCAGUAGUUUCUUUUUUUUUCCAUCGAUAAUCAUUUGUUUUUUCUGUUAUUUUAAUAAGUAAACCGACGUAGCACCCGCCAUUUUCUCCAUACUUGAAGCAAAUAGCUUCUUCUUCUUCUUCUACGGUUGGUGGUGUCUCAUGCUUCAGUGUAUUCUUAAUUUCAUUAUUUAUGCGUAUCGUGAUUGAAUUUACAAAUGUGGAUCAGUUUGCUAAGGAAAUUUAGUUUGAUAUCUUAAGAAUGCUAGUAGUAGCUUUCCAAGUUCAUUCUAUUUUCUCUUUAGCCUCAAUCGUAAAAUGAUUGCACACUAUAGAUCUUCUCGUAUUUUUUCUUGAAUGCAGGUUUCGUUUCUGCUCGGAGUCAUCCCUGUCUUCAUAGCAUGGAUAUACUCAGAGUUUCUAGAGUACAAGAGAUCUUCCUUGCAUUCUAAAGUUCAUUCAGAUAAUAAUUUGGUUGAACUUGGUGAGUUGAAAAACAAGGAUGAGAAAGUAGCAGUUUUACUUGAAGGAGGUGGUGGUCUUCCAAGAUCCGUCUCUACCAAGUUCUAUAACUCUCCUAUCAAAACCAACCUCGUUAGUUAGUUAUAGGAAAAAAAGAAAUUGUCUGUUCUUUGGAGUGGAGUGUUCUUGAAACGAUUUACGUUUGUCUACUUGCAGGUUUCUGACGCUGGAGGACUCUUUCUUGAUUGAUAAUCGAGCAACCUUGAGAGCCAUGGCUGAGUUCGGGGCUAUUAUUUUUUAGUUUUAUAUUUGCGAUCUUGGUGAGUCGUAAAAGAAUUACAACAGAGACCUUUUCAUCUUUCUCUACUGUCUACUUUGCUGCGUCUGAGAUAUAUAAUGCCAUUAGGGUCUUCAUCGCUGCGUAUGCCUGGAUGACUGGUUUUGGGAACUUCUCCUAUUACUACAUCAGAAAGGAUUUCUCCCUAGCAUGAUUCACUCAGAUGAUGUGGCGUCUUAACUUAUUUGUGGCAUUUAGCUGCAUUAUUCUCAAUAAUGAUUAUAUGCUAUACUACAUCUGUCCGAUGCACACUCUGUUCACUCUAAUGGUGUAUGGAGCCCUUGGUAUCUUCAGUCGGUAUAACGAAAUACCAUCAGUAAUGGCUGUGAAGAUUGCUUCAUGCUUCCUUGUUGUCAUCCUGAUGUGGGAGAUUCCUGGAGUUUUUGAGAUCUUCUGGAGUCCUCUAACAUUCUUACUGGGUCAGCGUACAACUUCUCAUGACACCCACCAUCACUGGAGGAAUGUGAUGCCAAAAGAAAGAUGUCUAUCAAGACGAGCAUAAUUGGAAUUUCCUCAUUGGUUGGUUACCUGUGGUACGAAUACAUCUACAAGCUUGACAAGGUCACAUACAACAAAUAUCAUCCCUACACAUCGUGGAUUCCAAUAACUGUGUACAUCUGUCUGCGAAAUUCCACCCAACAGAGCGAAAUUUCUCCCUGACACUAUUUGCGUGGCUCGGCAAGAUUACUCUGGAGACCUAUAUUUCUCAGUUUCACAUCUGGUUAAGAUCUAAUGUGCCUAAUGGACAGCCUAAGUGGUUAUUAUCUAUCAUUCCAGAGUACCCAAUGCUCAACUUCAUGCUCACCACGGCCAUCUAUGUCUUUGUAAAGCAAAAGUAGAAUCUAUGUAGAAGGAAAACAGCCUUUAUCAACUCUACAUUAUACAAAUUAGUCAUGAUUUAUUUUUACUCCAGGUGUCUCACCGGCUUUUCGAGAUGACCAAUACGUUAAAGUCUGUUUUCAUACCCACAAAAAUGACAAGAGGCUGCUCCACAAUGUCCUCGCUGGAGCUGCCAUUUCAUUCUGUUUAUAUUUAACUGCUCUCAUUCUUCUCCGGAUCCCACACUAAACAUGACUAUAAACAUGUGGAAACAUGAAUCUUCUGUGUCAAACUUGCUAAAUAGUUACAACACACAUCUCAUAUCGACAAUAACGAUUUGUUUUCGGAAUUCAAGUCAUUUUUGAAGCUUACCAAGUGAAGCACCUUUGGGCUGAUUAGAACCAGAGAAGUUUCAGAAAUGGUGAAAGCGAAGCAUCAUAGGACUACUUUUGUUCAACCCUUUUCUUUCAUUUUUCUGUUGUAAUUUUGCCAUGAGUUUUGUUAUUAUAUAAGUUUCAUUUGCCUUUUUUUCGGCUGUAUUGCUACAUAUUGUCACACAAAACAGAACAUACAUACAUCAUGAUCAUGUGCAAUUGCGUGAUGUUUUGUAUAAGAACAGAUCAUUCAUUAAGAGUCUUUUGUUAAAACGCCAACAGAGUUGAGAAAAAGAGGUUCAAUGUCUGAUAAAUAAUACAAUGGUACGACAAUGGAAAUUUCACAAAUUUACUUAAAAGAAACAUCACAAA